AGCCAGGUACCCGCAGCAGGCAGCAGCAGCAGCCUACGGCACAAACUGAGGCAGGAGGAGGAGGCUGUCUGGGCCGGGCCCUCCAGAGCAGGGAGGAACCGGACACAUCCGGAACAUUUGGAAACACCAAAACGGGGAAGUUGGAGCGUCGCUGCUGAGUCCGGAAUAAAGUAUGUUCAGCUGGGUGAAACAGGAACAGGCUGGCCGCAACAAGGACGGAGAGAUGUACCAGACGGUGACGGAGGGGCUCCAGACCCUUUACCACAAAAAGCUGCUGCCCCUGGAGGAGACGUACCUGUUCCAUGACUUCCACUCCCCGGCCCUGGAGGGCGCAGACUUCCAGAGCAAGCCCAUGGUCCUGCUGGUGGGUCAGUACUCCACUGGGAAGACUACCUUCAUCAGGUACCUUCUGGAACAGGAUUUUCCUGGAAUGCGAAUUGGACCAGAACCCACCACGGAUGGUUUCAUUGCUGUGAUGUAUGGUGAAAACGAGGGUGUUGUCCCUGGUAAUGCUCUAGUGGUGGAUCCCAAAAAACCCUUCAGGAAACUCAACGCAUUUGGAAACUCAUUCCUCAACAGGUUCAUCUGCUCUCAGAUGCCCAAUCAGGUUCUUCAGAGCAUCAGUAUCAUCGACACUCCUGGAAUCCUGUCAGGAGAGAAGCAGCGAAUAAGCAGAGGUUAUGACUUUGCAGAGGUGCUGCGCUGGUUUGGGGAGCGAGUGGAUCGGAUCAUCCUGCUGUUUGAUGCCCACAAACUGGAUAUUUCUGAUGAGUUCUCUGAGGCCAUUAAAGCACUCAAGGGCCAAGAUGACAAGAUCCGAGUUGUCCUCAACAAGGCGGAUCAGGUGGACACACAGCAGCUGAUGCGAGUGUAUGGCGCCCUCAUGUGGUCAUUGGGGAAGGUGAUCAACACUCCAGAGGUUGUGAGAGUUUAUCUGGGCUCCUUUUGGGCCAAACCGCUGCAGAACACAGAGAACAGGCGUCUGUUUGAGGCGGAGUCUCAGGACCUCUUUCGGGAUAUCCAGAGUCUUCCGAGGAAUGCUGCUCUCCGUAAACUCAAUGACCUCAUUAAGAGAGCGAGGCUGGCCAAGGUGCAUGCUUACAUCAUCAGCUACUUAAAAAAGGAGAUGCCAACUCUCUUUGGGCGAGAGAAAAAGAAGGAGGAGCUUCUAAUCAGGCUUCCAGAAAUCUACACCAUCUUGCAGAGGGAGCAUCACAUUAGUCCUGGAGACUUUCCCAGCGUCACCAAGAUGCAGGACAUGUUGCAGCACUACGACUUCAGUAAGUUCCCAUCGCUGAAGAUCAAACUGAUUGAGUCGGUGGAUAAGAUGUUGGCCACAAAAAUUGCGGGUCUCAUGUCGAUGAUCCGAGAGGAGGAGUCCAAGCAGCCUCCGGCCAUGGUGUCGGGUGGUGCCUUCGAGGGCUCCCAGGAUGGACCCUUUGGUCACGGUUAUGGAGAGGGCAUCAGUGCCGGGGCUGAUGCUGAAGACUGGAUCAUCGCCCGCGACAAGCACCGUUACGACGAGAUCUUUUACACGCUGAUGCCUGUUAAUGGAAAGAUCACCGGAGUCAACGCUAAAAAGGAGAUGAUGAAUUCCCGGCUCCCGAACACGGUCCUGGGAAAGAUCUGGAAGUUGGCUGACUGUGAUCAUGAUGGCAUGCUGGACGAUGAGGAGUUUGCCCUGGCCCAGCACCUGAUUAAAAUCAAACUGGAGGGCUAUGAGCUGCCUGUGGAACUUCCUGAUCACCUCAUUCCUCCGUCUCACCGCAAAGCCCCCCAUGCAGACAGCUUGUACAACCACAGUGAAGACUAGAGCCAUUGAGCAAGGCACCAGAGACAGACUGAGCUCCGGACAAAUGAACACUCCCAAAAUCAUCUAGAACUUCUCUUGUAAGAGUUUUUAGGUUGAACACUUCAUCUAUGUCAGAAACUCCUCAUAAUAAAAGUCUGGAUUAAUUUGAACAUUUAUUAAUUUGAACAUUUAUUUUGAAAAGGCAGCAUUUUUCUUUUCCUGCUUCAACUUUCCUGGAUUACUUUUCAGAUUUUGGUCAAAACCUUUUCAGGUGGUUUUUCUUUUUUCUGAUUAUGUUAUUUUGAUUUUCAAUGUACUUUGUUAAACAUGAAUUAUAUUUUUGAUUUUAACUAAUAAAAGGCUGUUUAAAACUUUGA